AUGAAUCAGGUCUACAAAGCGCUUCCAGAUGAUAGACCAAUUACAUCACUCUGCAUUGUAGAAGAUCCGGACAAGUGUCCUAGCGGGUAUACUGUUGUUUCUAGAACCUACGACCAAGAUUCCGAUGCCGAUUUAUGGAAAGAGAGUGGUUUUUUCGGUAGAAAAUUUUCAAGAUAUUUAUGUUUAUCAAAAACAGUGGGUACUCAAGAUUAUGUAAUUCAGUCUCUGUGCAUAAUUAAUGAAAAAGAUAUGGCUCCACAAAAUUUUAAAAUGAUACCCAAAACUUCAGACACAAAGCAAAAAGCCUGGAGAAAAAAACAGUUGUGCUACAAAUUUGCUCAAAUUUCUACCUCUUCGACUGCCAUUACUGAUAUAAUUGUUUUAGGUAAAAUGAAAAAAGCUCCUGAAGGUUUUGUACUGUCUGGUGAAAUAAAUGGUAUGACACUUUGCAUUAGAGUUGGCAACAUUGAAAAUAAAAAAACUGGUUCUUUUUAUCCCAAUUUACCGUAUCCUUUUAUGCCUUCUAAUCCUGGUAAUCCUAGUCUAAAUAAUUCUCAUCACAACAAUCAUAAUUUACCAUCGAAUGGAAAUUCAAGUAAUCCCGAUAAUGUUGGUCCCCUGUUACCCUUUAGACCCGCGCCAAAACCACCAACAUCAACGUAUGCAACAAUUUCUGGAUAUAACGAAGGUGUACCAUUUAUUUUAAACUCGAAAUACAGUUUUUCUAAAAAUUCUAUAAAAGAUAUUCCAAUUCCAAAACUUAAAACAAAAUCACAAAUUGACGAAGAAUAUUUUUACGAAUUUCGAACUGAACGCGAAACUUAA